GAAAGCAGAUCUCUGUAAACACUACAGACAGAGGGGUCGUUGUAAACGGACGGGUUCAUGCGCGACACACUUUGCCACCGCUAAUGUGAUGAUGAUGAUGAUGAUGACCAGAACUGCCCAGUUAGAUAUUUGAAACAAAAUCGUCAAGUGGCUGGCAUUUUUCCUGAAGGAACCGACUCUCAAUUUGAAGAGCUCGCAAUAUCCCAGCGCUUUGUAAUUUAUAAUCGGAACAGAUACUGCAAAGUUGCACAAAAAGGUGUAGUGGUUCUCCCUUGCUUGGUUGUGUCACUGUGCCGACAUUUUUUUCUCGGGUGCGCUGUUUGCGGUAGUUUCGGCCAACUCCGGACGCAAAUCGCCUCCGCUGGACUUUGCUUUAUCAAUGACGUCUCGGCGAGACUGACCGGGCGAAUUCUUGGGACCUCUGUGGCCACCGCGUGCCGAUCGGUUGUACAUCGGGGAAUCCGGACUCCGUGAAUGAUCUGUGGGGCUGCGCGAUGGAGCACUCCUUGUACGGGGGCAGUACGGCGCCUGUCCUGCACCACUAUCCCGGAAGUUUGUCCACAGCCAGCUCGCAGCUUCAGCAUGCUUCGUAUCAGAGAGGUUUAACGAGUGCCUACCUGCCUCUUGGUAGCGUGCCGUACCAACCGUCCCACCAGCCCACGAGCCAGUACCACCCGCAUCAGCAUCAUGACUGGCCGGGCGUCCACGUCCCCAGCACCGCCGAUCACUCAGGGAGCGCCUCCUCGCACUCGGUCGGAAACAUGGCGCUGUGCCACCCGACCACGCGCAAUGACUAUCUGACUGUAACGUCCUCGGCGCUUGCCGAUGCGACUAAACUCCGCGUCGGAGGCGGCGGCGGUGGAGGGGGAGGAGGCGAGGUCGGAGGCAGCGUGUCGCCCGAGUCUGUCCCCAGCCCGACGGCGCAGAAUAAUGGGAUGUUGGACGCCGGCCACGAGGACCAAGGGUCCAUGGAUAAAGGGAACCUCAAGAAAGGCAAUAACGGCGACCAGUGCUACAAGCUCGACCUCAACUCGAAGCCACGGAAGGAGCGGACGGCGUUCACCAAAGACCAAAUACGAGAGCUGGAGAACGAGUUUAGCCACCACAACUACCUGACGCGCCUGCGCAGAUACGAGAUAGCAGUCACGCUCAACUUGACAGAAAGACAGGUCAAAGUGUGGUUCCAGAACAGGCGCAUGAAGUGGAAGAGAUGCAAGGGGGCUCGCGAAAAGGACUUGGCCGAGAAACGCCUGCAGGCCAUGGAGGCCAAACUCGGUCUUCCGCCAGGCAGCUCCAGCGCCCUCACCGCCGGGGGAGCCACCAUGCCGGGCCACGUCAUCACGUCGAGGAACGGCCUAAGCAGCCCGUCCGAGCUAAACGGCUACGAGGACAGCGGAGGGCUGAGCCCGCCCGACAGCUACGGCAACCCGGAGACGGAUUUCAAGUGACGAUGCACACGCAGUGCGAUGAGGCUGCGGCCAGACUUGUGUCGGGAAUGUGCCGCAUCGUGGACGAUCUAGCAACGCGCGUAAACGCCAAACUGCAGGACUGUAAAUAAACAUGGAGGAUGUCGAUCAAAGAAUUUAUCUAUCGGCCCAGUAUUUAUCGAUGGAGAAACCUAAGCUGUUUGGUUUGUAUUGAAGUGUUUCCCUCGGCAAUGGGAUCGUCCGCGACAAGCAUGUGCGGUAUUUGCUCCAACACGCGUAGCUUGUGUUGUGUCAAAUCAAUGUCCAUCUUCAAAACGUUGUGCAUAUACCGAAAGAACGACCAUGCAAUCAAUGUUAAGGAAAGCACAGUGGGGAAACUACAGGACCCAUGAAUUACCAAUGCAAACAGCAAAUGGACGCGUACCCUGUGACAGAACCCAAGACCCCUGAAUUCACAAAACACCAACAGUCCUAUGGAGAUCUUUCAUAGUUAUGUAUGUAAACUUCCACCACAAACUUGUGGGGUGAACUGCAUCCGUACCCCAGAGCGUGUUUAGUCGUCUGUGGAUUUAUGAAAUGUUUUAUUCAAUAGUUCAAGGACGGGAUGCCCUUGUUUUUACCUUUUCGUAUUGUGAGCCUAUCUGCGGUGGAAGCCAUCGUGCAUGCGUCACCAAGGACAGUCUACUUGUAUAUACGUCUUGCAAUGUGAAAGUUUUCGUGUUCGUCGGGAUUGGUUGCAAAUCACCACAACAGGGUUGUUUCGACCACCAGGAAUACAGACUUUAGUGUAGGCCUAGAUGACAACACUGUGUGCUUGUGGUGUGGUUGGGAGAAUGUUAUUGGAAGUCGCAUUUUAAAGUUAUCGUAAAUGGGAGAAUAGCAGAUGUGGUUGGAUGUACAUAAUUACUGAAAAUGUCGUCUUAUAAUUGUAGAAAUAUUAAUUUAAGUUUAAUGGUACACUAUGGUUAUAAAAGGUAUGCAGCAGUUGACACACGUAAAUCAACAGUUGGGGUGAAAAGUACAAGUACACGGAAUUAAUUAUCAAACAUGUUUUGGGUACGUUAGGAAAGGUAGGCCUACCCAAAGUAUGGUACCACCGGAGUGCGUAAUCAGAACAGCGCCGUACACUUUUCCACGUACACAAUUUCCAAGAAAUUCCAGGAAUCUGUACCAAACACGGGAGAAUUGUUUAUAUUGCACUGCACACUUCGUGUUGACUUUUGUUGACGCGUGGCUAUAGGCUCUCAAACUGAGCUCUAACAAGUCUGGCCCGGACGCCCUUGGGACCAUUUGUACAAUUUCUCACAGCGCUAAAUCAUUCAGUUCCUCGUGGUCCUCACUUUUCCUGUGCCCAUUUCCUGUAUUCUUUGACAGUGUAAACACACACAGUACAUUACUUAAACAUUACUGUGCAGGUAUGUUUGCAUUAAUGCAGUUUAAUCUGUACAUAGGUUAAAUAUGAAGAUUAAAAUGUUUCACCCAUUUUUAAUAUGGAUCUCUUACACGUCAAACACCAUAAUAAUAGCUCGAAAGAUCGGAUUUUUUUCACCUAAUUAUUAGAUGCGGAUACAGCACCCUGAGUGCAGUAACCUCAACGAAUGAUUUGGUAUUGGUAUCAAUGAUUGUCAGUCAGCUGUAUAAUAUCAAGUGUAAGGGAUCUAUAACUUUGUGGGUUUUUAUGUUUGUUUGUUUGUUUGUUUGGUUUGUGAUGAAUGAAAUUGAUUAGAGAGAGAAGUCGCUGUCUUAGCCACUAAGUUCGCGUAACUUCGGGAGACGCACCCCCUUGUGCCCGUGUCCAGAGCCGUGUACAGAGAGAGUUGCGACAUGAGUUUCACCAUUGUUGGAAACAAACUUGCUGGUGUACGUACGCUCCAGUGCGCACGAACAGUUGUAUACGACAGCGGCACGCCCGACUGUACACAUAAUAAACAGCCAUUUUGUUUCCAAAAUCUGAAGCUCGCCCUUCUCUCUAUCUUUCUUUGUACGCACAGCUCUGCCGUGCCAAUUUCGGAUGCCCAGGCUUAUUUGAAAUCUUAAAAUGAUCAUAAACUAUGACAAAAAGGUGUAUGUUCUAGGCACCCCCCCAGAAGUUUUACCCCAGUUAAGCCACUGUGAUCACUGUGGUCGUUACGCUGCAACUAUGGUUUCAGUCUCAGCUGUAGUUAAAAUGAUCCCAAAUAUAAUGCUGCAGUUGGGAUGACCAAAUUGUAAGCGGCAAAUAUCUAUUUUAAAGAAAUAAAUAUGCAUUCAACAGGUUUUUGCAGCUUACACCUGACGGACUUGAUAAAAUCUAUGCUUAACUAGGCACGUCGUCGAUUACAAUUACCAAUUCUCUUAGCAUGUUUAGCUGAUAUACACGAAUGACAAUGGCGCAUGCAGUUGGACACACACUAAAACGCAACGCCAUACACUUGGGACCGUUCAAACUGUAGUUGGGACAGAUGUUGCAGUUGGGCGGAACAUCCCACAGUGCAACUAUUUACAGAGGCCAGAGAGGUUUUAGGGUUUACGGAAUCAACGUGCCAACCACUUUGCUGCCCAGUGUUUGGCACCACGUAAGUCAAGACAUAUAAAUCUUACCUUUAGUUCAUUAUUAAUUUUCAAGCGUCUUCGAUAAUUUCAGGGUUUUUUGUUGGAUGCACGGAUGGUACGCAUUUUGCAAGUUUGACUAAUUGAAAACAGUAACUUUUGUACAACGUAUUAUUUAUUGCGAUAUUGAAGUACUAUGUCGUGUAUUUUAUGAGUUUACUCAAAACACCUUUGGUCACCGUUGCCAACUACUAAGGCAUUUUAGAUAUGGACCAUAAUGGUAAAGAUUCGUCUUUUGAUUACUAAAAUACAAUCAGCACUUAAAGGAACCAGGAAAUGAAUUUUUCUUAGAAUCACUUUUUGUGUAUCUGUGUUCUCCUCUUCAGUGUAUGAAGAC